GGAAGUACACCAGGACGGGAAAAGACGAUUCUGAGUGGAAAAGGAGGAAGAUUUUGAAAAGUUUUGUCCUGACCUCAGAAGUCACUCUCUUUGAACUCCACUUGAUAUUUUCCUCUUCAUCAUCAAUUCUUUUAACACCCAGAAAUAUUGCACUGCUGCAAGUAUUUCACAACCAAACUUCAAGUCUCUGGGUGGGGAUACUUCCACUUUUUUCUCCUGCAGUGAGGACACUUUUCAUCUGACAGCAGCACAUGCUCAAAAACAAGACCUGUGCAUGUUUUUGACGGGAUCCUUUCAUCACGAGCGCCUCUUUACAACUUGGAAACACAAAGACAAAGAGGAGCCUCUCCAUGCAGCGUGCAUAAAAGGACUGCUUUGGUUUCCUUUGGGAGGGGACUUCAGGAGGACGCACGGGACCUGAGUGCUCCGGGAAGAGGAGGAGGAGGAGGAGGAGGGCGCACCACACUGACAGAGAGCAUCCUUCCAACCUUUACACUCCCUUCCAAUCACACACCCUUAAGACAAUAGGAGAGUUUAUCUUGUAAAUUACUUUAUUUAAACAAAGCAGCCUCUGCAGAAUCAUGAAGUAAACUUUAAACAAUCACAAAAGUAGACAAGAGUGCAGUUAGAGCAUCACUGGGUUCCAGAGAGGCACUACAGGUCAUAACAGAGGUAUUAUAAGGAUAUUGUACAUAAUUAGAGGCAUUCACGGACAACCAGGACGCCAGCACCAGCACACGGCUGCAGAAUGGAUCUCCCUCCAAUCAGAGGUUUGUCUGAUGUGCCGUGAGCUUUGGGAGCACCGGCCUUCAGCCCUGGUGCCGCCCAGCCUGGCCUACCAGGAUGGACCUCGCUCAUUCCUACAGGGUGGAGCUGGACAGCCUGGACCUUCAGCAGGUCCAAGUGUUGUCGCUCGACCAGAUACGUGCCAUCCGGGCCAACAAUGACUAUGUGGACAGGCCCGUGGCGCUGGAACCGGCAUCCCAGUCUGGAUUUUUCUACGCCCACGAUGAGUUCUAUCCUCAAGGAGUAUACUCGCACCACCCCCAGUCGUCCUUCCACUCAGCUCUGUCCCGCAGCCAAAGUCAGCAGCAGCAUGCUCACCUGGCCCACCUGAGCCGUUCCAGUACCAUAAGCUCCUCCAUUUCCCGGACAAGUGCCACGUCAGACCAGCGGCUGCUUGCAGGUCUGACCUCGUCUCAUUCUGGUCUGGGUUCGGUGGUCCGUUCUCAGCCUAAAGGAGAACUCAAGCCUGAUGCUUCCUUCGGUAAAGGCCUGACGGAUGACGAGGCUGAGCUCGGCCUUCAUUCGUUCAUCUGUGAGCGGUGUGGUCGCUGUAAGUGCCAUGAGUGCUGCGCCCCACGCCGCCUGCCGUCCUGUUGGGCCUGUGGACAGCGUUGUCUGUGCUCUGCUGAGAAUGCAGUGGAGUACGGCACCUGCUUGUGCUGCGUUAAAGGCCUGUUCUACCACUGCGCCGCCCAGGAUGACGAGGAUAACUGCGCUGACCAUCCGUGCUCCUGCACUCAAGCCCGUGCCUGCACCCGCUGGGGCACCAUGGGGCUGCUGGCGCUCUGUCUGCCCUGCCUCUGCUGCUACCCCCCUGCCAGGCUGUGCCUUGCCCUGUGCCAGUGUGCCCACGACCGGGCCACGCGACCCGGCUGCAGAUGUAGCAACACCAACACCGUGUGCCGCAAGAUUUCUGCCUCGAAUCCAAACCCUGGUCAUCCCGCACUCCGCAGCAAGGCCCUGGAAAAGCCGUUAUGACAGACCUAAACGGGGGACAGGUAAAUCCAUCUCCCCUCAGCUGUCGCCAAAGCAGCGCUGUCGCCAAUAGUGCCACAGCUGACAUUGUGACGACAAUGUGACCCAUCUACCUACAUACAAAAGCCAACCAAUCAACCAACCGUGAAGUGUUGUUCACCUUACGUACCUUGAAUUUUCUUCUUCUCCAGCUCAGGAGGGACCAAAGCUUUACUGUGCCUGUUCAUGUCAGUCUUCAAUGAAUCCUGAAGCAGGAGAAGCCGUCCUGCUUUGCUUGACUGCCCUUCAACCUUAACCAAGACCUCCAGAGAACAAAAAAAACACCUCUGUCUUCAUUCUGUGGUGAGAUCUGGUCGUGUUACCCUAUUUAUUUAUUGUUGAGCCUCCUUCUUCCCCACCGUUUGCAAAGAGAACUCACAAAGACGGGCACUGGACCAAACCAUGAAGGAAAGAUGCCUGUGGCGAUGUGUGUGGUCUCUGCCAGCAGAGUUUCUGUCCUCUAGAAAGAGAAAAGCAUGGCAGACGAGGACUCCAAUCACAAUGACAUUCAGGAAAUUCCUCUAAGAGUUGACGAUGAAUGAAAGAACACCGUGCUUUGGUGAAUAUCAGACUGAGACAAAGCACUGAGGCAUAGAGUGAGAACAGACACUUCCAAAAGCAACCAAAUAAGGGACCAUGCACUGUACAAACUGGGUGAAUUUCAAUGCUAUUAAGCUCAUUUGUAAAGGAAAAGCACUGUGAGGUAGAUGGACCAUUCAGAGUUGAAUGGGAGAUUAUUUAACCGGAGGGAGGGUGCAUCCACUGUGAUUAGGCAGCGUGUGUGAGUGUUGGUCUCUGUGUGUCCUCCUACUGUAUGACAGCCCGUGUCUGUAGAGUCUGUGUGUGCUGUUUUGUCAGCAGAAGGAGCCUCCCUUGUUUAUUUUUAGCAGCGUGCUACAGAGGGUCUGGUCAGGUUUCCUCCUGAAGUCAGCCUGUCGCCAUCCUCCCUCCUCUGACCGACCUCCUACGCUGCUGCCCCACCUCCAUCCUUCUCCUCCCAUCCUCAAACCAAACACUCUUCUCUCUGGGACAUCUUUAAAUCAGUCAGCUGCUCCCUGGAUCAGGAAGACUUUUAGUUUUCUGGUACCAGACUUAGACAUUAAAACGCUACCGCAGAAGUACUGGGAAGAAGAAACUAGGGAUGAUUCUUUCUACUUAUUUCACUGACCCCUGCCCUGUCCUCCCUGUUGGUGUUACUGGGUUAGAUAAAAUGUCUUGCAGCUUCAGGCUCAUUUGCUUUUAAAACAAUUGAAAAUACCCUGAAAACUUGUCAAAAUCAUUGAAAACAUUACUUUAUCUGACGCUAAUGAUGCUAUCAUUAGCUGACCUUCUGAGCACAUCAACAAAAUGCUAAUGGAGAGGUGUGUUAUACCUUCUGAUCUCCUUUACUAGCUUUAGCUGUGAGUCAAACCCAUUUCAGACCGGGUGCAUGAGAUGCACGCCGUGGCUGCAUCACGGCUCAAUUCUCAUUUCUGCACGCACAUUCCAAAGUCAGAGCUUUCUGUGUGUGCUGUGUUUUGUGUUUGAUACACACGUCUCACUUGCAGUGAAUCUAAAGAACAGAGGGCUCGCCAGUUUUUUCACAAAAGCUAAAUACCACUUUUUUCCUACUUUUUCCCCAUUUUUGCCACUUUUAUCCCUUUUUCCCAUUUAAGCUACCUUUUGCCAUUAAAUA